CUCGCGGGGUCCUUCACACUGAACGCUGACGUUGCCCCGAGUGUCCGGUGUGUGAGAGCGGUAGCAGCCAUGUUCCGGUUACUCGAUGCCAUCCCGACCCAGAUGGAUUACAAGGGACAGAAGCUAGCUGAGCAGAUAUUUCAAGGAAUAAUACUGUUCUCCGCAGUUGUUGGUUUUAUCUACGGCUAUCUAAUUGAACAGUUUGGAUGGACAGUCUACAUCGUUAUUGCAGGAUUUGCGUUGUCGUGCUUGUUAACCCUUCCCCCAUGGCCAAUGUACCGACGGAAUCCGCUAAAAUGGCUGCCUGUUCAAGACUCUGGUUUGGAUGAAAAGAAACAGUUGGAUAAGAAAUCAAAGAAACACAAGUAAUGCGUGGACUUCAGGAUGUGGCAUGCAGUUUCUGAACCACCAGUGAAAAAUGGACCUAAGCAAAUGUUUCAUAUUGAUUUGAAAUGUUUUCUGCUAAGCAGAACAUCAUACAGAUGUAAAAAUGUAAUCUUUUCUCCUCUCUUCCUUAGCGGAUUAAUUCUUCAUACUCUGCAUACUUCCUUUGUCUGUUUUUUUUUGAAAACCAGGUCAAAUGUUUUGCCAGUUUGUUUAAUAAUUAACAUAGUUCCUCCUUAUCCAAAAUACAAAGCUGUAAUAUUGAUAAGAUCCCUGUGAUAUGCCCCAUGCUUUUUAGUUUCACAUUAUAUCCACGGAGAUCAAGGAUGCAAACAUUCUCUUUGGAUUAAUGCGAACAGAUCUGGAGAUCUUGUUUCAAUAUUUGUGGAUUUGCUGACUUGGUCAACUCCCUGCAGAAAUUGUGUGCUAACCGUGAACUGCGCCCCCCACCCAUCUGCGUGCUAUGUUACAUCUUAUUCCCUUUAAUCCAUAUCUCAAAUUCACUCCUAUACCUAGGGUGUGCGAGAGGGAAGUCCAUACCCUAUGGUCAAUACACAAGUUGUGAAUAAAACCUUCAUAAAAUAAAUCCUGAGAAUUGUGUAAAUCCAUUUUUCAUUUUGAUGACUAUAACCAGCUUGCUUGGUAAAUAUUUUGCUAUUGUUAAACCUAAAGGCGUACUGGGCAAUAAAGGUUAUUAUUCCUUGCGCAUA